CUCGAAUUGAGGGGUAUGAGAGGAUAUGCCACAUGCCUACCUUUUAUUAAAGAAAAUGGCAAAUGAUUUUGAAGAAAAUCAAAUGUAUCCGAUUACAUAAAGUGAUCUAUAAUAGCGCUUUGGUCCGUGAUGCUUUAUGCUAGAAACAAGCUGUAAAAUACCCGGGGAAAACGUGACUCAGAUGCAUAUGGGGAUAUCAUUGUUUCGUUUCGUUGACCUUCAGAGGCUGACUUUGCUUGGGAAGUAAUCUAAUUCUGUCACUAUCAAUUGAUUAAGCUAUUCACUUUCUGUACAAUAGAAGAUGUUUAAACCCAGACAGCUUUUAGGGAAACACUUGUGACCUUCGCUUGUUGGGUAAUGCCACGGAAGAAGAGUAGCCAGCGGUUAAAGCUGACACUUUUCUGCGUCGGUAGGCCUACUCUGUCUGGGUUAGAAAGCCCUGUGUGCUAUCAAAAUUCCGGCUGUGCCAUGUAGGCUACAGGACGAAGAACAGCUUCUAAAACGGCAUAUCUAAGGCUCUGCCUGGUCUCUCCAAGAAGUGCGGGUCUUGAACCAGAAUGGCAGGGAGUGUCUUCCUGCUCCUAUUAUAUGGGACCCUGCUCUGUGGGCUACUGUUCCACACAUUGAGCCAGAAUGAAGAUGGGGACAGGACCCGCACCAGGAGACCCAACUUCAUCAUCAUUCUGGCGGAUGAUAUUGGAUGGGGAGACCUGGGAGCCAACCAGCAGGCAGGUCAGAGGUCAAGCCAAACCCCUCAUCUGGACCUGAUGGCCCAGCAAGGAAUGAGGUUGACAGACUUCCACUCCCCAGCCUCCACCUGCUCCCCGUCCCGCGCUGCUCUCCUCACAGGCCGACACGGCCUGAGGAACGGGGUCACACACAACUUUGCUGUGGGGUCCAUGGGGGGGCUACCCCUCUCUGAGACCACCCUGGCUGAGAUACUGCACCAGGAUGGAUACUACACAGCCAUGAUCGGUAAAUGGCAUCUAGGGCACAAUGGUCCAUACAGUCCCACCAACAGAGGUUUUGACUACUACCUGGGGAUCCCCUACAGUAAUGAUAUGGGUUGUACAGACCUGCCUGGUUACGACCUGCCCUCCUGCCCUCCCUGUGACCCUGGACCACAGAUACUACACAACAGAUUGAAGAGGAGUGGCUACAGCAGCUGUUACACCAAGGUGGCUCUGCCUCUGUUUGAGAACGGGACCAUCGUAGAGCAGCCUCUGGACCUGUGGAGGCUAACACAGCGAUACACCUCCACUGCACUGAAUGUCAUACACACAGCCAGGGAACGGGGACAACCUUUUCUGCUCUAUGUAGCUCUGGCACACAUGCACGUCCCCCUUUUCCCUCCGUCCCACGCCCCCCUACCCCCUGCCCCUCACCCCUCAGAGGGAGGUGUGUACACUGCCAGUCUGCGGGAGAUGGACGGUCUGGUGGGGGCAAUAAAGAAUGCCUCUGAUGCCUUAGACAAGGAGAACACUCUGAUCUGGUUCACUGGUGAUAAUGGACCCUGGGAGCAAAAGUGCCAGUAUGCAGGAAGUGUGGGUCCAUUCCAGGGGAAGUGGCAGACCAGCAGAGGUGGGGGCUCUGCCAAGCGGACCACUUGGGAGGGGGGGCACAGGGUACCCACAGUGUGCUACUGGCCUGGCAGAGUACCAGCCAACAGCACCAGCUCUGCCCUGCUCAGUGGUCUGGAUAUCUUCCCCACCCUCCUCUCCCUGGCUGGAGUGAACCCCCCAUCAGACAGACGCUAUGACGGUAUCGACGCCACAGACGUCCUCCUACACGGCAAAGAAACAGGAAAUGAGUUCCUCUUCCACCCCAACAGUGGCGCUGCAGGGAAGUAUGGGGACCUGCAGACUGUCAGACUGGGGCGCCACAAGGCCUUCUACAUCACGGGUGCGGCUGAGGCAUGUGGGGGGUCUACAGGGAGGCAGGAGCUCCACGACCCCCCUCUGAUAUUUGACCUGUCUGAGGACGAGGGCGAGGAGACAGCCCUGGACCCGACCACAGAGGAGUACAGGGAGGUGGAUGAGAGGGUGAGGAAGUGGAGGGAGGCGCUGCUCUAUGACAUUGCCACUGACCAAUCAGUGUCCACGGCCGACUACGCCACGGACCAAUCAGCAACCCCCUGCUGUGACCCCCGACACACAGCCUGCCGCUGCCACACCCCGGGCUGAGGAGACACACACACACAUUCAGUGUUACACACAGUUUGUCGCUGCUACACUGACAUUCACAGAAAGAAAGACAGACUGAUACGCAGACACACACACACUUUAGUUUUGGUCCAAUAAUUGUUUGCUCUUGGAGAUGUGUGUGUGCCCAUUGGAAUGUAGAAAUCACAGACCUGUAGCCUACAUCUGGGUUCAUGUAAACAACCCCAGAGACCAACCAGAAACAUCUGCCAGAGUGAAGAAGAAAAGCAAAUAGUAGAACUAGCACCAGCCUGUUGUGAGGAGGCUGGACUGUGCGUCAUUCUGGAGGUCAGUACUGAGAAUUGACUGAGACACUUUGCUCAUUGCUGCUCUGAGGGGAAACAUGGGAAGACAGCUGCUGUUGUGUAACAAGGUCAAUUCGCCGUAUUAUUACCAAUAUUAACAGUGUUUUCCUGUACACAGGCUUUUUGUACAGUAAUACCACUGAGGCUUCUGGGUUGCUCUAGCACUCUCUGGUGGGGAGUAUAUGACAAUGCAAUAAGUAGGAUGAAGUUGCCAAUACACUGAUCUAAGACCAGUUUAGUUUGUCCCACGAAUAGCUAGGUUAAAUUUGACAAAACAAAGAGCUUUCUUCCAAGGUUAACUUCACUUUAACCGAAUAUAUUUCAAUGAGAUGAAACGCAGGAGACUAGUUUGAUUCACAUUCUGUUUCACUUGUGGCUUAAAAUCUUCUAAAUCAAAAUCAAAACUGCCAAAGAACAUUUUUGUUCUUAAAGUGCCACCUUUUGGCAAAUCAGUCACAGGAUCGUAACAGUAGGCGUACUGUUUACAUACUAUAUAUAAAUGUAUAUGUACACAUUAUACACAAACAAUAAAAAUCCACUUUCUGCCAAAACCA